AUGUGUCGCAAUCUCCAUUGUCCUCGAUGCUUACAUUUCGACCUGCUGGAUACUCUAAGAAAAAUCGUUCGGAAUCAGUCUAAGAUGGUGCAAAAACCAUUUAAUAACAAUAAUGAAGACUUCAUCCUCAGUAAUAAAACACAACAGCUUCAUCAAAAAAUUAUAUAUCCCAGGUUUACGCAAGUGAAAUCAUUCGUACACAAAAUGGAAAGGCCAAAAAUUUCCACAAUUCUAUCUUCAGUAGAUACUUCAAAGAGUAGAUCCAUGUUUUCCAGAAUGAAUGUCACUAAAAACGAAAACCUUAACCCUUACGACCUGAGGAUGGCAAGAGAUGCCAUCACCAACGUAAUUCCGGUCGGCGUCAGAAACCUGACUUAUAAUAAUGUAAAACUGUACAAUGUUUUAAAUGAUUCUAAAUUUUUCACUUCUAUUGAGGAACUGAAGCAGCACGACACGCUCUCGUCUGAAAAAACACCUAUAUUUUUUCCAGACAUCUUACCACCGUGGAUGGUAAAGAGACAAUUUUGGAAUCAAGUUUAUGAAAGUCGAUAUGAAUCGCUCAUGAGAAACCCCAAGUGGCCGUCAUUAAGAGUUAUUUUAAUACCAAGAUCUCAGGUUCAUACAAUUUGGAAGAGCUCCUUUGAAAGUCUACAUAAUGAUACAGUGCAUCGUAUCAUAUCCAACGUCGUCAAAAAACUUCAAUUUUAUCCAAAUUUAACCUUUUCCUGGAAUGAAGUAUCUCACCUGAGUCAAUGGUGGAAGAGAGCCCGGCAAAAAAGUCGAGCGGCGGUCCGGCGCUUAGUGAAGGAAGGGCGACUCGAAAUCACUACUGGCACAUGGGUGGAAACUGACGAAUCCACAUCACAUAUAUUUGGUAUCGUACACCAACUUAUGGAAGGUCACCAGUGGCUGCAGCACCAUUUAAAUUAUUCGCCAGACACUGCUUGGCUGACAAAUAGCGUGACCCACAGUUCAACUUUUCCUUAUGUCUUAUCUGCAUCGGGAAUAUCAAAUUUAGUCUUUACGAAUUUGCAUUUCUCUUGGCAGCAAUUCCUGACUGAAUAUCAAUUUACUGAUUUUAUAUGGGUUCAAAAUUGGGACAACGAUAAGAGCACACAGACAAAGCUAAACGAAGCAUUCAAAAGAUUCGGUUAUGACCGCUAUCCAAAACAUUCCGUUCUUGCACACUAUUUACAAUUCAAUUCAGCUGGUUUUGUUGCUUGCGGUCCCCAAGGCGAAGUAUGUGCCACAGAAUUCAAUUUUGCCAAUAAUAAUAACAACUUAGAUAUCAAUACAUUUAACGUUAAAGAAAAAUCUGAAAGACUACUUGAACAGUAUUCAAAGACUGGAUCUACAUCUUCGCACAACCUGAUUAUUGCACCACUCGGUGGACCAUUUGAUUAUGAAUUUCAAACAGAAUUCGAUUACCAGUACAGUAACUACGAAAAAAUUGCUGAUUUUGUAAACAAUAAUAGAGACAUUUAUAAGGCUACUAUCGAAUUUGGCACAUCCAAGGAUUAUUUCGAUGCUCUUGCGUCGAGGCAAAUUUCUAUUCCUAUUUUGAAAGGAGAUUUUCUCAAUUUCGCCGACAUCAUUGAAGGUAGUCCAGCUUAUUGGGCAGGAUUUUUUACAUCAAGGCCCCAGUUUAAAAUUCUAUUAAGGCGUCUGCAAUCAACUUUACGAAGUACAGAAAUACUUUUUACAUUUGCUCUUAACUAUGACGUAUUUAAAACAUAUAACGCUUCGAGACUUUUCGAACGUUUACUUAAUGCUAGAGAAGUAGUUUCACGCCUCCAAGACAAUCACGUAGUGACAGGAACACUCACUUCUAGCGCGAAACGAUAUGUUCACUCUCAAAUUUUAAGCACAGCUAAGGAUUGCUGGCAAAUACAAGAAGUAGCGGCAAGUUUGCUCAGUUCGAGAGCAAGUAAAAAUAAAACAUAUUUAGAAAAAUAUGUUUAUCGAGAAGGAGAAGUCAUAUCUUCUUUCAAAUCGAUUACGCCAGGCGAUCACAUAUACAUAUUCAAUUCCCUAAAUAGUGAAAGAACUGAAGUCGUAGAGCUAAUGACCAGACACCCAAACAUACGAGUUGUAGAUCACAAUAAAAAAGAAGUAACGAUCCAAAUUAACCCUAUUUGGAAAUUGAAUUACGAAAAUAAAAUAAAAAUUUCAAAACAGUUUUUUAAAAUUAUCUUUGUCGUUGUCGUACCGCCGAUGACUCUUGAAUUAUUUAAAAUUAAAAAGACUUACGACAACACACAGAGUGCUUCUACUAUAUAUUGCGAAGUAUGUGAAUUUGAUGACAUAGAAAAGUUUUAUUUUGACGUUCGACCUAUAGAAAUGGGCGACAUACAAGUCGAAAAUUACAGACAUCGACUCAUUUUCGACGAAUACUCGGGCUUUUUAAAAACAGUAAUCGAUAAAUCGACAAACAAUAAAAAACUUGUUCUUGUUGACUUUGGAGCGUUUAGGAGUUCUUUUAAAAAUUCGGGUAUAUUUUUGUUUAAUACGAAUUGCUCGAAACCCUUAGAAGAUAUUCUAUCCCCAUUCAGGCUAGACUUCAAAUCAAAGACUAUUAUGAUCAUAUCGGGUCAGAUCACUACGGAGUUAAUAUCUGUUUACGGAAUCUUGCUCCAACACUCGGUUAAAAUAUUUAACCUGAUGAGCAGUCCUUUAUCCGAUACUAUAAAAUUUGAAACGAAAAUAGAUUACGAAGUUUCACCUAAAAAUAGAGAGUUAGAGAUAUUCAUUUCAAUACAAACAGACAUAAGUAAUGGAAACCCUCCAGAACUCACGAUAGAUAAUAACGGCUUUCAGUACACAUCACGCAUUAUUAACCUUAGCAGACGUGUCGAAUCCAACAUGUAUCCCAUGACCAGUAUGGUGUUUAUUCAAGACCAGAAGAAUCGACUGACUGUCGUUACUGAUCACGCACAAGGUGUCACGGCUCUACAAGAGGGCCAAAUAAUUGUGAUGCUUGAUCGACGAAUUCUCUUUGAUGACGGUCGAGGUUCAGGCGAGGGCCUCGCUGAUAGUAGUGCUACAUAUCACACUCAUUAUAUUUUACUGGAAAGCUGUGUCGAACCGAAGAAUGAGUAUUUUAAAUCUUCAAAUAGAAACACCUUAAUAUUGCCAAGUUUUUCCGCCAUUUAUUUUGCCAAUACUCUUAAUUACCUGUUGGAUAUUUUCUUUAUAGAUACGAGCAAGGUCAAUCUUUGUCAUUAUGCGUUCAGGCCUCUGGUUAAAAACUCAUUUCCUUGUGAUGUUACACUGAUUAAUUACAGAACAAUACUUGUUAGAGGUACUCCAGAAAAGUAUUCUCCAAACACAGCAUUGGUGACGCUCCAUAGACAGAGCUUUACUUGUCUAAUAAAGCAAGACAUAUCUGUACGAUGUAACGGAGAAGAAACGCUUAAAUUAGAUAAAACUUUUCAUAAUGUGAUAGCAGUCUAUCAAACUAACUUGGUGGGUACGAACGAAGGAAUUCCUGUAAAUGUUCUUAAUAAAGAUAACUUUCCUCCAAUGGAAAUUACAACGUUACGAAUAAACUUCGGAAAACUUUGA